CCCAAAGCGCGGAUUAUUGCGCGCUCUCUCUCCCUCUCUCUCUAUUCCCCGCAUCAGUCUUGUUCUUCUUCUCCCUCGCACUUUAUCUAUUUCUGUCUCCCACCUCGAGCUUGGAUUUCAAGGUAUGAUCAGUGGGAUCUCUUAACAUACUCUCCCCUACUUUGGAUGAUCUUUCCAUCGGUUUUACGGCUGCCAUCUUCCGGUGACACGAUGAUGUGACUGGCUGUAGUAAGCUACUACUCAUUCUCACUGGUGAAGCCGUGGUCUAAUACUAAACCAUUAACUAUGACGCAAGUAGUUGCUCCAAGUUCUUUACCUUCCGCUUCUCAUGAUAUUGCUGGAGGGGCUCCAAAGACUGGGAAAUCAAAUAGAAGAAAAACCCCAUCAGAACUAAGGGGAGAGCAGUUGAAGCGAUCAAACAAUUUGGAUCCUUCGGAUGAAUCUCCUUCCACUGUUUUUGCUUCUAACAAUGCUUUGGUCAAUGGGUUCAAGAAGCCCGGGUUACUCAGAAAUCCAAAAUACAUCGAUACACGCAUGGAUGAGGUAUUUCCAGUAAAAAAAUCUAGGCUUAGGAUCUUAUCCGGAAAAGAUAAUGCCAAGGAAAACAAUAUGAUGGAGCAAGCUAGCAGUUUCUUGAAUAUGUCUAUGCUUUCAAAUUUGACUACAAGUCAAUGUAAGGGGAAUUCUGUUGGUCCUGCUGAUGUUGCCCAUGAUAAGACUGAUAAAUCUUCACAAACAAUUGAGAACAGUAGCCAAAGUAUAUUUCGAAGUGUCACUCAGCUCUCAUCUGGUGGUGACAAAUCAACUGGCUUGACAAGCAUUGAUAUGGGUAAAGCAUUAAAAGGACUUGUUGCUUGUGAAACCACUGCAAUUUCUAGUUUACCAUCAGACUCUUCCAAGAGAUCCGGCCAUGCUUCAUCUACUUACUCAAGUGAUUUAUGCGCUGAUAGCUGCAUACUAGGUCAAAAGGCUCCACUUGAUCUUACUUUAAAAACUAGCAUGCGAGUGGUGUCCCCCUACUCGCUAAAUUGGAUCCACAAGACAAUCAUGUUUGCUUCUAUGCCUCAGUUCUCAAUACAAAUUGGUUCACUUGAUCAAAUUAGGAACUGUAGUGGGGGACUGCCACCUGCUUCUCAAGCCUCUGGCUCUUUGGUUCUCCAUUCAUGGGUUUAUCCUCAAUCUACCUUGCCAUCUUCUCUUGUUUCAGUUUUGAAUUCAUCAGCAGCAGUAGAAGCUGAGUUCCUUAGCAGACGACUACAAGCAUGGGAGGACUCAUUUCAAAGCCUUUAUUACAUGCUUCGGAAUAAUAUUUGUAGAGUUUUUUAUGUUUGUACAUCACAAUUUGUGGUUAUGUUUACAAGUGGAGAUGCCUCAGGGGGCAACAAAAGCAUGUGCAAUGCAUAUCUUUCCCAGUCAACAAGAGGUUUGAGGUCUAUUUUGAGUGAGAAUGGUGUUUGUUUCUCUAUGCCUCUUUGUCGUUCUAAAGUCGAGCAUGUCGAUGCUGAAGAUUUGGUUGAACUUUCAGAGAUAGAGAAGUUCAAUUUGGGACAGACACGACGAGUUCGUUCAUUUUCUGAUGUAGAUAGGAGCUCUCAAUCUUUGCUGUUUUUCUGCGAAAACAAAGAUGUGCAUGGGUUAUAUGAUAUCCUGUUAAAUUACAGAUCUUUCUUGACCUCAUUGGCUGGCAUGGAUGUUCCCGUGUUGCUAUCACCUGUUCCCUUUCGGAAUGCUGCACUUUCUUCACCGCAGGUCAAAUUCAAGGAGUUGAGAAGUGCAAACGGUAUUGCUGCAGUAUCCAAAGGAUCCACAUCAAAGGAUGGCGAUUCUUCAUCUGUUGGUGUGUCCUAUAGCCUUGAAAUUACCGAUGAAUAUAUUCCACCAUGGGUAAUUUCCAGUGUAUGUGCAGUCAUGGGUUCCAAAGGAAGAAGCUUCGAGGCUAGCUUCACGACAGACCCUAUCUCAAUUGGUUUGAAUGUUGCUCUUGGUGAACCUCUCCUCCAAUCUAACAACCAUACCUUUGGAAUUCCAGAAGCCAUUGCUUCGCCGUCCUUGUGUGCAGGUUUCUUAAAAGGUUUGAAGUACAAGGACGACUCCUUCACAGCCUCUCUUUCUCCUGCAUGAUUAUGACAGUAGAUUAGAUUUAGAUGAUAGUCCCGUUUUGCUCAUUUAACUUUGUUAUUUAUGUUGUAUAUUCUUCUGUAUAAUCAGAAUUUGAGUAGCAUUGAUUGACCCAUAUAUGUUUUGUGGAUGUUGUUUCACCAACAUAACUCAAAUUUAGUUCAUUCUAAAUAUUAUCCUUUGAAACUG